AUGGGAGAAUGGAUUGGGUCAUUGUUGCUAGUCGUGGAUAAACCAGGUGAGGUGGGAUGUGUGGCGGGUGAUGUUGGGUUGGAUAAGGACAGAGGAGAUGACGUAUUUAGUGCUGGGAAAUUGUCAUAUGGGGUAUAUGGAUUGGGCCAAGAAGGAAGAGGUGGUGUGGUGUUAGGAGACAUAGUAUUGGGCUUCUUGAAAGGGAGGAUGACCUCAUGA